AUGACUUGCGCUGUACUACGUCGCCUCUCCCGACCAGUUCCUCGUGCUGUCACAGCUAUCCGCUCACAUCUUUCGGUCAUAAAACCGGUCUUACCAUGCAAGAAGACCCAGCAAGGACCAUUUGAGACCAGCGCCAUACAAAGGCGACACUUUUCCAGCUUGACAUCCACUCGUGGACAUUUGAAGGAAUCAUCAGUCGCACAGGAGCUCUUGGGGCUUGAUGGGCAACAGCACAAUCGUGACUUCUUGACGUUGCGCUGGCGUGAUGGCAAGCAAAGUAGUUUCCAUCUGCUACAUCUACGGACGUGGUGUCAGUGUGCAGAAUGCGGCCACCCGACAGGGCAGCGAGUGGUGAGCUGUGCCGAGAUCAACCAGGACAAACUGGAUAUUGAGAUGGUUUGUGUGCAGGAUGAGACGCUCAACAUCGUGUGGAACGACCAGCACAAGUCCAGCUUCUCGACCCAGUGGUUGCUUGACAACAGCUACUCGGAAUGGGCACUGGACCAGCGCGCCCGCGAGAUGGCGACAACGCCUUUGCCACUUGAUGCUCCUGUUCUGUCGACCGAGUUUGCUCGUAUGAUGGACACGAACAACGACGAAGGUCUGUACGAAGCUCUUCGCCAGGUCAUUGAACAUGGUUUCACGGUGAUUCGUAAUACGCCAUCGGUGUCGGGUGUCGUCAAGUCGAUCGCCGAACGCAUUUCUCCCAUCUCGCACUCAUUUCAGUAUGGUGAUGUCUUUGACGUGGUGGCAGAACCAAAACCGGUCAACAUCGCGUACACGAGUGUUUCUUUGAAGAACCACGUGGAUUUGGCGUACUACGAGUCUCCUCCAGGGUUCCAGUUCUUGCACGCACUGCGCUUUGACGCAUCAGUGAAAGGAGGUGAGUCGACGUUUGUGGACGUUUUCGCCGUUGCAGAGGACUUCCGUCGUCUUCAUCCGGAACACUUUGCGACAUUGUGCCGUGUGCCCGCGACGUUCAUGAAGCAUCACUUGACUCGCGAGCAAGCAACGAUAAUGGAGUACCAGCGGCCUCACAUCCAGGUCAAUCACCGUGACGAAGUUGUAGCAGUGCACUGGAGUCCACCAUUCGAGGGACCACUUCGGGUACCUUUCCAGAGCGUCAUGCCAUAUUAUGACGCCUACCGCGUCUUCCACGAUCUAGUGGAAGGUAAAAAGCAUUGCUACGAAUUCAAGCUGAAACAGGGGGACACUGUCAUCUUCAACCAGCGCCGAGUCCUGCAUGGACGAAAGCAAUUCACCCCAUGCUCGGAUGGGGUGCGCCAUCUCCAGGGCACUUACAUCAAUAUCGAUGACGCGAUCUGCCGUUACAACGUCUUGCGCACCCGGUUUGGUGCCAAUGACCCCACUGCCGCGAAUCGUCGUGUUGCCAACGGGAAUUUCUCGUAG